CUGCACGUUUUCAGUGCGCAUGAGCAGUCUAAUCUGUUUGGCGGAACAGGUCACGAACUCUGACCCGCCCCGAAGCUCAACUGGACACAAUCAUCAAUUUAUUCAAAUAUUUGCGGUGGAAGACAAAACAAUAACUGCCAUAUCGCUCGUCUUCAUCGGAUGGAGUGUAGUGUUUAGAGGAGUACUACACAGGGGACAUCAUGGAGGGACAAUCUCCCAGAGUGCAGCUGGUGUCUGCUGAGGGUGGUCUGGAGCAGAGAAUACAGAUCGUGACUGCGUAUGACCAGUCCAACUCUGGCAAGCCACAGUACAUCCUGGCCAACGUUGACAACUCCAACUUGGAGAAGCUUAUUUUGACAAAUUCGGAGGGGACCUCAGGAAAGGUCAUCCUGGCAUCAGCUGAUGCGGCAGCAGCUGUCAAUCACCUGCUCAUGGCCUCACCUGACCUGGCUGGACAGCAGAUCCAGUUUGUGACAGACAAUUCGGAGCAGAAUUCUAAGCCUGUCGUGGAGUACUGUGUUGUGUGUGGAGACAAGGCCACAGGUCGUCAUUACGGUGCGGUGAGCUGUGAAGGCUGUAAGGGCUUCUUCAAGCGCAGCAUCAGGAAGAACCUGGUCUACUCGUGCAGGGGCAGCGGCGACUGCGUCAUCAACAAGCACCACCGCAACCGCUGCCAGUACUGCCGACUGCAGCGCUGCAUCUCCUUCGGCAUGAAGCAGGACUCGGUGCAGUGUGAAAGGAAGCCAGUGGACGUGUCCAGGGAGAAACCUGCCAACUGUGCCGCCUCUACUCAGAAGAUCUACAUCCGCAAGAACCUGUGCAGCCCUCUGGCAGCCCUGCCCACCUUUGAGUCCGACAAACAGAACAAAUCCUCCAACCUACUGCUGAACAUACAGCAGUCCAUGUCCAAACUGGACAACAACAUUCUCAUCUCUACCUCCCCAGACAGGGACCAACAGCUUUACAGUACCGAAAACCAACUAAUCCGUGACUUCAAAAUCGAGAGUGACAGUUGCCAAGGAGAUCUGGGUACGCUGGCUAACGUUGUGACAUCGUUGGCCCACCUCAAUGAGAGCAAAGAAAUGAGUGACAGCAACGCUGACCAAUACGGAGCGGAGACCAUGAGUAAUGGGGAUGACUCCAUCGCAGACGAGCACACCCAAUCAGAUGAACACAACUCCAGUGACCUCAGCCGGGCGUUUGACACGCUGGCUAAAGUGCUGCGCUCUGAGCAGCGGGGCGAGGACAUGGGGGUCGACGCCAACAUGGCGGGUGCGGACGAGUCGGGCACCCUGCUGGACCUGCAGGGCCCACUCCUGUCCGACUGCCACAUGCCUUUCAAGCUAAUGAUGCCGCUCCCUGUGCCUGAGUUUCUGACUGUGAACUACAUCUGUGAGUCUGCGUCUCGUCUCCUUUUCCUGUCGAUGCACUGGGCACGCUCCAUACCAGCCUUCCAGGCCCUGGGCGCGGAGAACGGCAUCUUGCUGAUGAAGGCGUGCUGGAACGAGCUCUUCGCUCUGAGUCUGGCGCAGUGUUCCGACGUCAUGGACGUCUCCUCCGUCCUCACCACCAUCGUGCAGCACUUAGAGACCAACCUCAGCGAAGAAAAGCUUUCUGCAGACCGUGUGAAGGAAGUGAUGGAGCACAUCUGGAGGCUUCAGGAGUUUUGCAACAGCAUGAAUAAAGUGGAACCCGACUCACAAGAGUACGCCUACCUCAAAGCCAUCACGCUCUUCAGCCCUGAUCACGCAGGUAUGGACUGCUUCACUCACAUUGAGAGCUUCCAGGAGAAGGCCUAUAUGGAACUGCAGGACUACAUCACAAGGGAGUAUCCAGAGGACACUUAUCGGUUGUCCAGGUUGCUUCUGCGGUUGCCCGCGUUGCGUCUGAUGAGUGCAUGUGUGACUGAAGAGCUCUUCUUCACCGGCCUCAUUGGUAACGUUCAGAUCGACAGCAUCAUCCCCUACAUCCUCAAGAUGGAGUCCACCGACUACAACAGCCAGCCAGUCGGCGCCAGCGAAUAAACCCGCCAACCCACCAAUCAAGGACGAGUGAAUCACCCUAGCCAACCAAUCAGGGUGGGCAGGGAACCCCAGCUAGCCAAUCAUGACAAGCGAAUAACUCCAGUCAACCAAUCUUGGCACGCUUUAGGGGUUUGCGGAAAUAUAAAGCUUUGGGGAUUGAGAUCCCUACUCUGUGGUCUCCACAGAACAAGAUAGGCAUGUUCGAUGUUCUGUUCAGAAUGGUGUAUGGCUUAAGCUGGUUAACACAAGUGUCCCAGAUCAAUUUAAUUAAGAAAGACAGUUUUCAAUCCCCGAACAGAAAUGUACACAGGCAUGCACAUACAGGUGCAGAGAUCAAGGAAUGAUGACACAGGCAACAAUACAGUGUAUGUAUUACUGUAUUACACUACAGACGUGGAUUGUCUGUUGUGCUUUUGUUUUCUUUGUUUCAUGUGACAUUGUGGUCUUUGUAUAAUGGGAUGAGGAGAGGAAUAAUUUUCUAUAGGUUUUUUCUCAUCUUGCUUUCAGUGCAGGCAUCUGUUUCUUGGCUGAUAAUUAGUUACGUUAAUGUAUGGAUGGAGAUUGUGAAUUAUUCUUGUCCCUUUAUCUGCAAAGCUGUGCUCUAUCAAUUGACGGUACUGUGUACUGUUGUGUACAUAUUAACAUGUAUGUAAAUAAAAGAAAUGUCAAAUGUG